AUGUCCAGCUUCACCGGCUCAGUACUUGUUACUGGAGGCACGAAAGGUCUCGGAUUCUACGCGGCGGUCGAGAUCGCCCGACAACGCCCCGAGUACUGCGUGUGGCUCGCAUCCCCCAGGGCCACCGACAGCAGUGCAGACGUGAUCAACCAGCAACUCGGCAGAAAUCAUCGCCGCCAAGUGGAAUUCGCGGGCUUGGACCUGGCCGAUCCGGCGAGCGUGCGGUCGUUCGUGGAGCGCUGGGCGGUGACAAACCUACCACCAAUCUCGGUCCUCCUGCUCAACGCAGGCCGCCAGUUCCCCUUUGGUGAAGUCCAAUACACGCGGGAAGGGAUUGAGGCGACCUUCAGCGUCAACCACGUCGGCCACGCGCUGCUGUUCGCCCUCCUGCAGCCGCACCUGGCCGACGAUGCGCGCAUCGUCGUCACCGCCAGCGGCACGCACGAUCCGGCCCAGAAGACGGGCAUGCCGCCUGCAACAUACACGACAGCCGAGGAUUUGGCGCACCCGGCGGGACCCGCGCUCAAGGCGCCGGGCCGCCAGCGCUACACGACCAGCAAGCUGUGCAACGUCCUUUGGACCUACGCGCUGGACCGACGCCUGCGACGACUGCAGCCAGGCAAGAAGUGGACGGUGGUGGCAUUCGACCCGGGACUCAUGCCCGGCACCGGGCUGGCCAGACAGUACCCGGCGGUCAUGCGGUUCCUGUGGAAGCGGCUGCUGCCGGCCUUGAUCCCGCUGCUGCGACUCGUCAUGUCCCCCAACGUCCACCACCCAGCAGAGUCUGGCGCGGCACUGGCAUGGCUGGCUCUCGACGCGGAGGCGAGGGAGAAGAGUGGCGUGUAUUUCGAGGGCAGGAGGCAGAUCAAGUCCAGCGUCGACAGCUACGACGAGGCCAAGCAGGAGGAUCUGUGGGCAUGGACGGUGAAGACGCUGGCGAUUGGCGAGGAGGAGAGGCGGCUGUUCGAGGUUGUACCGGCGUAG